UGUGAGAACAAUAUAAAAAGCCCAAUAAUUUCAAAAAAGUAUCAUUUGAAGAACAAUAACAAUGUGGUCAUUUGUCACUCUAUUGUUUUCGUUUUUGGUCCUGGCUUCGGCCCAAAAAAAGGGGAAGUACUGGACAACAAUCAGCGAAUGUUUGACUGAACAUUCAAUGGGUGUGGAAGAUAUGAAGAAAUUCGAUUUACCGGCUGAGAAAAUGAGCGAAGAAAUGUUAUGUUUCAAUAAAUGCUUUUACGAUAAACUUCUGAUCACGGACGAAAAUGGCGAAAUCAAUACUGACAACCUAAUGUCGAUUCCCCUAGUGAACGCCAUCGACGCGUCCAAACACGACGAUUUGGUGACUUGUUUGAAGAAAGUUGGCAAGAUUGAAGAAUGCGACGGUGUGAAGAAAAUCGAGCAGUGUUUUGUUGAAUUCAUUUAAAUUUAAAUAAAGCAAAAUAAUAUAACAA